AUGGGUGGGCUGGUUUCCCACCUGCUCCCACGUGCAACGCUGAAAAUUAGUCCCGCGCCGCUAGAUAUUGUGGCAAGUCCAGCGGGAAUCUGUGGAAGUGCAAACCUCUACUUUCUGGGAGGCUGCAGGAUGCUGCAAGCUACAAAUUCAUCUUUCCUGGUGGAGGCAGAUUUAAAGGAGUACUGUUAUCCUGAGUCUAAUGUGUCUUGUGUAAAAAGCUCUUACAGUGUAACCUCUAGAUCUGUGUUAUAUGUGUUACUGGUGUUGGCGAUGUCAGUGACCAUUAUAGGGAACUCAGUGGUCAUCAUCUCCAUUGCGCAUUUCAAGCAACUGCACACACCCACCAACAUGCUGGUGAUGUCUCUAGCCCUGGCGGACCUGUUGCUGGGUGUGAUUGUUAUGCCGUUCAGCAUGAUCCGAUCUGUGGAUGGGUGCUGGUACUACGGAGAAGCCUUCUGCUUAUUGCACUCUAGUUUUGACAUUUUCCUCACCUCUGCAUCGACCUUUCACCUGAUGUGCAUUGCUAUAGACCGAUAUCAGGCUGUGUGCCAUCCGCUUCAGUACCCAACAAGAAUAACCAUACCUACUGCAUGGCUGAUGGUAGCUCUGAGCUGGAUUACAGCCGCAGUGUAUUCCUACGGUCUCAUGUAUUCAAAAGCAAAUGUAGAAAGUCUAGAUGAGUACAUUAAAUCAAUUUCUUGUAUGGGAACUUGUAACCUUGUGUUUAAUGCACUGUGGGGGCCUCUGGAUGCAUUGUUAUGUUUCCUUUCACCUUGCACAGUCAUGUUUUGCUUGUAUGCUCAAAUUUUUUUGGUUUCGAAAAGACAUGCAAGGAAAAUCGAGGGAACAAAGCAGAGCAAAAAUGAGACGAGCUUAAACAGGGUUUCUCAAAGCAUGAAACGUGAGAACAAGGCAGCGAAAACCCUCGGCAUUGUUGUAGGUACGUUCAUUUUUUGCUGGAUGCCGUUUUAUAUCAACUCUCUAAUGGAACCUCACAUUAACUUUUCCACUCCUGUGGUACUUUUUGAAGUGUUUGUCUGGUUGGGUUACAUUAACUCAACUUUAAAUCCCUUAAUAUACGGCCUCUUCUACCCGUGGUUCAGGAAAUGUCUCUAUCUCAUUGUUACACUGAGAAUAUUUGCUCCUCAUUCCUCUGACACCAAUGUAUUUGCAGGCAUCGCCAAAGAUUGGUGGAAAUCUGAAAAGAUAUCAGUGAGGACCUGGGCUCAGUUCAAGCAAGCCUUUCUCAGGUCUUUUCUGUUAGAGGACCAUGAGGCCGAGGCAGAAAGGCAAUUAAGAGACCAGAGACAAGGUAUCCGUAAGAGCAUCCGGGAUUUUGUCUUCCAGUAG